CACCCAUCCAGUCUCGAGGCCGAGCGAGUUUCCUUCCUGCCGGUGGGAAUCAAGAGAGAUCCGUCGGCUAACAACAACAUUUUAGUGCGGUAAACCAAAAAUGGGGACCCGUGAAGAUGAAUACGAUUAUUUAUUUAAAGUGGUACUCAUUGGAGACUCUGGUGUAGGGAAGAGUAAUCUGUUGUCCCGUUUCACUCGGAAUGAGUUCAACCUAGAGAGCAAGAGCACCAUUGGUGUGGAAUUUGCUACCCGCAGCAUCCAAGUGGACAGCAAGACUAUAAAGGCUCAGAUCUGGGAUACAGCAGGACAAGAACGCUACAGAGCCAUCACAUCAGCGUACUAUCGAGGUGCAGUCGGAGCUCUUCUCGUCUAUGAUAUUGCAAAGCAUCUGACUUACGAAAAUGUCGAGCGCUGGCUGAAGGAACUGCGGGAUCAUGCGGAUAAUAACAUCGUCAUCAUGCUGGUGGGCAACAAAAGCGAUCUGAGGCACCUCAGGGCUGUUCCAACUGAUGAGGCCAGAGCUUUUUCAGAGAAGAACAAUAUCUCUUUCAUCGAAACAUCAGCUUUGGACUCAACAAAUGUGGAGGAGGCAUUCAAAAACAUACUUGCAGAAAUCUAUCGGAUUGUAUCACAGAAGCAGAUCUCUGACAGGUCCAUGCACGACGAGUCUCCGGGCAACAAUGUAGUGGACAUCAGCAUGCCGCCCACUACUGAUGGGUUAAAGGGCAACAAAUUUCAGUGCUGUCAGAAUCUGUGACCCCCCCAUCCUUGGGCUAUCUCUUGUGUUACCCUCUAUUUAUCUCAGCUUUGCCCCUGUGUGUUGUUCUACAGCUUUAUCCUCAUUGUGAAUACCAUGCUAAUUCUAGACAUAGAAGCUUGAAUUUCUAUGUGACAUUCCUUUUAACUUUUUUUCGGCGGGGUUCUUGUUAGUUUGUUCUGUUUUUCUUUCUUUGCUAUUAUCCACUGUUUGAAUUCAUGUUUGCACAGCAAAAUGUUUUUCAUCGAAAGUGAUUAUUUGGGCGCUGAUCGUGUGAUCCGCUCCUGUGGAAAAGGGAUGGUGAGGGAUCAGUGUGUCCACGGCUUCCAGCCGCUCUGAUGGGUAUUCUCUGGGAUCCACACUAAAAGCCUGCUGUCUGUUGACCCAGAUAUCAGAGGGGACCUCUGACUUGGGCUUGAAAGGGCAGGUUCUUCAGAAAAUGCCAGUCGGCAAGUUUAUCAUGUCUGGAUCAUACAUUCAGCUGUGAUCUUGAUUUCAAAUUGAAGUAGUUCAACCAAAAAUGCAAAUGAUUUUGAAAAUGUUAUUUUUUGGGUGAAGUAUACCUUGAAACAUUUCAGGCUUCACACCCUUGGUCCUAUUCUGCAAUAUUUACUGCAGGGUUGAGGGUGUGAAUUUGCGCAAGUUGAUCAAUGUAUUCUGUUUGCCAUAUCUAUAUUGCAGUUAUGAGAAUGCAUCUAUUAAGAAUUUCAUUAAAAUAAUUAACAGAUUACUCAAAGAACAGUUAUAUAUAAAUUAUUCACUGCAUUGCUGAGUGUUAAAGCUCUUCAAUGGGAAAAUGCAAUGAUUCACAGUGUUUUAGGUGUUCAGUUCUCUCACUGGUCUGUGAAUAAAGUCACUAAAUAUUGGAUUGUUUGACUAAAACCUUAUGUAGAAAUGCCUUGGGUUUUCCCAUACAGUGAUUAAGAUGCAUUUUUCCAAGUGUGGUUAUAUGACAUUUACACAUCCAUGAAGUCAAAACAGCUGUUUUGCCAUUUAUCAGAUUACAUCAAAAUAAAAUAAAACAAUUGGAAUGACAAGGCAUUUUAUCUUUACGUGUAACAUUAUGCAACAUUUUGUAUAUCCGAAUAUACACCAAGAAUAAGUGUCAUGUGCUUCGUGGUUGGCAUUAUUCAUGGGAUGUAUUUGGUUUCCAUGUCACAUGUUCUUUAAAGGGAAAUACUGUUAAAUAAAACGCACAAU